UCUUUCUCUUCUUCUCUUGAUGCUAGACAAACAUUUUUCUCGAGGAAGGAGAAGGCUCCAAUUUUUUAAAAGCCCUACUUAUAUAACCUCUCUCUCUCACAAUGACCUAGAAGAAGAAAGAGAGCUCUGGCGCGAGGAUGGAGGAGAAGCUGUGGAGCAAUCUCUUCGAGCAGCCUUGGAUGUGGAGGGACAAUCGAGCCACAAAGGCACUGUGGCAUUCUUCCAGAGCUGCCCGAAUUUCCCCGAUUUCAAGCAUUCCAGCACGGGCGCGGGACUGUGGAUCGAUUCGCGCUCCAUUCCAAGCUGGGUGCCGCUCAAGCUCAGCGAGAAAUCUUCCUGGCCUCGCAACGCGGUGGAAGGCAACGCAUUUCCUCCCAGAAAAUCCAACGCAAAGAAAAGAAAUGGAGCUGAUCGAGAGACGCUGGCAAAAUUCCAGAGAUUGCAAAGGGAGGGGAUGAGGCCAAGCAUUGGGAUCAUUCUCGCUGCUCUCAAGGUCUGCACGAACAGCAGGGAUCUGGAAGCCGGGAAGAAAAUCCACGAGUACGUUUCUAGCAGUGGCGAUUUCUCGUCCACCAUCUUCAUUCCCAACACUCUGGUCGACAUGUAUGCGAAGUGUGGGAGCUUGGACGAAGCCCGGCAAGUUUUCGAGAGCAUCCAUAGCCGGACAGUGGUGUCAUGGAGCGCUCUCAUUCUCGGCUACGCUCAAAGUGGUCAGGGAGAGAUGGCGUGGGAUCUAUACUCACGCAUGCAACGCGAAGGCUGUGCUCCAAAUCGCGUCACUCUCCUCGCGGCUCUCAAAGCUUGCUCGAGCUUGGCGGAGAAGGAAGAGUGGAAGAUGAUCGAUGGAAGGUUGCUCAAGCCGGUUUGCCUGGAGAGAGGGAAGGCUGUGCAUCUCCGAGCUGCCGAGAGUGGUGACGACUCGAGCCCGUUCGUGGAGAAUUCGCUGGUGGAUAUGUACUGGAAGUGUGGGAGUAUGGUGGACGCUCGUCGGGUGUUUGAGCGCAUGAAGCAUCACGACGUUGUGGCUUGGAACGCAAUCAUCCUGGGUUACGCUCAAAGUGGCGAUGGAGAGCUGGCUAUGGAGAUGUACGCUCGCAUGAAAGACGAAGGCUGUGCUCCGGAUCGUGUCACUCUACUCGCAACCUUGAAGGCUUGUGCGUGCUUGGCCGAGAAAGAACAAGGCAAGGUGGUGGACGGGAGUGUUGUCAAGGACCAGUGUUUGAGACAAGGGCGGGCUAUCCACGACUUGGCUGCAACGCUCGGGGAUGAUUCACACACUGCGGUGGCCAACACGCUGGUGGAUAUGUACGCGAAGUGUGGGAGCAUGGCCGAUGCUCGCAGCGUCUUCGAACGCAUUCAGGAGCGAAGUGUGGUAUCAUGGAACUGUCUCAUCGCAGGAUAUGCUCAGGCCGGAGAUGGGAAUAUCGCUUUGGAGCUCUUGACGCGCAUGGAGGAAGAAGGCUGCUCACCGGAUGCUGUGACUUUCGUUGCCGCUCUCAAGGCUUGCAGCAGCCUGGGAGCUUUGGAGUCUGGAAGAGAGCUCCAUGCUCGAGCAUCCAUAGAUGGAUUUGAGACGGUUCCAGCAGUAGCAAACGCUCUCAUCGACUUUUAUGGGAAGUGUGGGAGCAUGCCCGACGCGGAAGAGGUCUUUGAGGCUGCUUGCAAGAAGAGCUUGGUGACUUGGAGCGCGCUGCUAGCGGGAUACAGCUUCCAAGGCAACACCUCGCAGGUCUUCCAGCUCUUCGAGAGGAUGCAGAAGGAACGCAUUCAACCGGAUCACAUCGCUUUUCUAUCUGUUCUCACGGCGUGCCGAUAUGCCGGGCUCGUCGACAAGGCCAAAGAGUACUUCCGGUCCAUGCGGGAAGAGUUUGGCAUCGUUCCCAAUCUCCAACACUAUACCUGCCUGGUGGACGUUCUUGCUCAAGCAAACCAUCUCGAGGAAGCAGUAUCUGUCGUGAGGGGCAUGCCUGUGAAGCCUGAUGUGAUCAUCUGGAUGGUAGUGUUGGAUGCUUGCGUCAAGUGGGAGAAUGUGGGUGUUGGAGAGCUUGCGUUUCAAUCCGUGGUCAAGCUAGAGAGCACAAGUGCAUCAGCUCAUGUACUUAUGUCUAAUGUCUAUGCUGCCACGGGAUUGUCCAAGGAGGCCUCUAGGAUUCAAAACCAGCUAAGUAACAUACCUUACUAAUUUUCAAUCUGUGACAAGUCAGUUUUUCUUUUGUUCCUGAGGUUGGUCCAAAUGCUGAUGUAAUAACAAUGCUUGAAAUUACUAACAGUAAUAACAUUUAAGAGAGAA